AUGUCAUUUAUGCUACAACACUUAAAUAGCGGCUGGGCCGUUGAUCAGGCAAUAAUAAAUGAGGAAGAAAGACUCGUUUGUAUUCGAUUUGGCCAUGAUUAUGAUCCCGAUUGUAUGAAAAUGGAUGAAUUAUUAUACAAGGUAGCUGAAGAUAUAAAAAACUUUUGUGUAAUAUAUUUAGUAGAUAUAACAGAAGUUCCAGAUUUUAAUACAAUGUACGAGUUGUAUGAUCCUGUUUCUGUUAUGUUUUUUUAUCGUAACAAACAUAUGAUGAUAGAUUUAGGUACUGGUAAUAAUAAUAAAAUUAAUUGGCCUAUGAACAAUAAACAAGAAUUUAUUGAUAUCGUUGAAACCAUUUUUAGAGGGGCAAGAAAAGGAAGAGGUUUAGUUAUAUCACCAAAAGACUAUUCAACAAAAUACAAAUACUGA